AUGUACAUUUUGUUGCUGGCCCCCAUUUUGAGGAUAGUAAACGCCGAAUAUUUUGGAGUGCCUCUUGGCAAGCUUGAGAAUGCCGACCUUCGGCUUGACGUUGAUGUGUUCAUCGCGAAUUCAACGAUGCUACAAUUACCGGGAUUUAAGAUAGAGACAGGUGAAGAGCGCAACGGACUCUCCUUGGUGACUCGUGGUGUAUUCUUCUAUUUUGAAGACGACGAGGGCAAGAAGGUACCUGCCCCACGCGCCGGUACGAUAUGCCAAAGCCCUGGCGGUGACUAUUUUUCGACGUGGAGCAGUACAUUUGCCGGGAAUCUUCAAGGAGUAGCGUACAACGUGAACCGAAUCUGGAGACCUGUCUGGGCG